AUGCGGCCGAUUUCUUCAGCUCUCCAGGGAAUGUGGGCAGACGCCGUUGGCAAGAAUCUUGCGGAUUUUAACUUCCGGACGGUUACCAAGCAGUUCUCCAACCUUGUGUUCAAGUAUCCGAUCCGCGUGCCCGAGAGAUUCGCUCUCGUGAUCCGCACGCUCCUCACGCAGGAGGGGAUCUGCCUUCUGCUGGACCCGAACUUCAAGCUGCUCGAAGUUGCCUAUCCCUACGUAGCUAAACGACUACUGAGAGAUCCUCUCUACUGCUACCGCCUGCCCCAGGUCCUUAUGAAGAAAGUUCCUGAAGCAGAGAAGCCUGUCUUCGACUUCGGCCGUCUCUUCUCCCUCCUCUACGUGGCUACUGCAGUAGCAGGACGAGGCCCUCGAGCUCUUCUCGGCCUCGUUCGCACUGCGUUCGAUGCUCUUGCUCUUACGUGGAGGAAGCCGUCGCUAGCCAUGAGCCUUGCGCAAGUCGACAGGUUGUACGACGUCUGUAUCGGAACUUGA